CAAGCAAACAGAAGCUCAAAAGUAAAAUCCACAACAAAAUAAGUAUAUUCGAUGUGGUAAAGGCAAAAAAGAUUAAUUAAAGGAAAUGAAAUAAUAAAAAACAUAUCGGAAAUCUUUAGAUUCCUUCAAGUGUGUGUGUUCUAUACAAACUCUAAUUGCACAAAAACGUGCCCAAGUUGUGUUGCGAGUGAAGUGCUAGCAUUUUCUUGCUAAAACGUGAAACAAUCUUGCAGAGACGCCACCAUCUACCUUUUUGACCGUGAGACUGUGGUGUGUUCGAGUAAAUUGAUAGCAACUAUCUCCUGUCUGCUUUCAAGAAUACAUGGGGAAUUCCUGAUAGCGAUUACCUGGCCGAAUUAACAGUAUUUUUAUAAAAUUUUCGCUCCAUGACAGCUAUACAUUACCACUGAAAAACUUCCAAAAGUUCUAAUUCCAAAGAAUCUCAAGUCCACAUUCCAUGAAAACAUGACUCAGUCCACGACCUGCCGGUUAUGUGUGGACAAGUGUCAGGAAUACGAAACGCUUUACGAUGAGAAUGGUUUUGGGAAUGAGCUGUACGAAGUGAUUUUCAGUUUGUUUCAUCCGAAGAUUAUAGACAUGGACAAAUAUCGCCACCUAAACAUAAUCUGCAAUAAAUGCUGGGGUCAGGUAUUGGAUUUUCAUAAUUUUCAAAAGUUCGUUACCGAUGCCCAGGAGCGGCUGCAGGAGGAGGGGGAUACAAAAGAUGUCAAGACCAGCACGGAUGUUGAAAAUUUCCUAGUUGGAUUUCCUGAUGCGGCAGGUGAUUUUGAUAAUAGCGCAGCGGGAAAUAUCGAAGGUAGUUUUGUUUCUUUGUCGGAAAUGGCCGCCAUUGAAGCUGAUGGCGAUACACCGCUCAAUUCGCUUGCGGCCCAUUCAGCUGCUUUGACGAAACGUAAAUUUGCCCAGAAGAUAGCCCAAAGUCAUGUUGAACCAAAGAAAUCUAAGUCGGGUGGAGAAAAGAAAGGAGGCCGGAGCCUUCCCCAAAUGCCGGUGAUAAAAAUGGAACGAGAAUUUGAGCUAAUUGAUGUCCACGAUGAUUAUGAUGAGGAAGCUGACAUGCCCAGCACAUCGUGGAAUGCCACGGCCCCUGAGGAUGAUUAUAAUUUCCAUGAUGACUCUUCCAUUAUUCUGCUCGAUGAUUCCGACGAGGACGAGGAAGUGGAGGCGGAAGAAGACUAUUUCAACAUGUCCAUGUCCCAGUUCAAUGCCGACUAUGAGAAUGAGGAAGACGGCUAUGAGCAACACGGCUUGGUGGAUGCCAUUGCCGGCAUUGAUGGUCGCAGGGACAACAAAUCACGUGAGGAGCGGCAACAACAUCUGAGUGUCCUACUGGCCAACUUUAUGCCAAUUAUAAACUGUGAUCUGUGUUCACACAAAUGUAAAUCCUGGCCGGCAUUGCAGGCCCACUUCCUGAAGAAACAUCCGACCGAGCAAUGCUACAUUCCCUGUUGCGGCCGCAAACUGAAAGAGCAUUGGACGCUCAAGGAGCACAUGCGUUAUCACAACGAUCCGAACACCUUCAAAUGUAAACUUUGCGGUCGCGUAAAUACCACACGCUGCUCGCUUAAGCGCCACAUCGAUGCCCAGCAUCCGAGCUAUCAGAAGUUACGGCAUUUCUGUCCCAGCUGUGAUAAAGGUUUCACCACCAAGAGUGGUCUGCGAUAUCACUGUACCACGGUCCACGAAAACUAUGGCAAACCCGAGAGUCAGGUACAACCGGAUGGUAGCACGCUGCAUGUGUGCAAACAAUGCAGUCGUUCCUUUAAGAGCUUGGAUAUGGCCCGCAAACACAUUUACUACAACCACAGUCAGGUGGAUCGCCUAAAAUGCCCCACCUGUGGCUGUAUUUUCAAAAAAUCGCGACCCUAUCGCGAACACGUUGCCUCCCACACCAAAAAAGAGCUGUACAUCUGCGCCUAUUGUCCCCAGAGGUUCACCUUCAUGAAUGCGCUGCGUUGCCACCGGAAGAGUAAACAUCCCCAGGAGCCGGAGGAAAAUUGCUACGUGGAAAUCUACGGUGAACAUGAGCAAUUUUUAUAGACUACAAAAGCCAAGGGGGGAAGUGUGAAUAAAAUUUCCUAGAUUUUAAUUUUGAAAAUCACUUUUAUUUUGGAAAAAAAUAUAUUUUGAUUGAAAUCAAUUUUGUAAAAAAUA